UUCAGGUACGAAAGACUGUUGAGGAAGGGGAAGAAGGAAGACCUGACAGAAAUAUCUAACACAGGGUGCUUGUACCAGAGUGGGAUGGACCGGUGUGGACGCCCUGUGGUAAUUUUCAUUGGCAAGUGGUUCGAUGUCCGAUGCAUCAACUUGGACAAGGCACUGCUGUACCUGGUGUGUCUCCUGGAUGGGAUAGUGUCAGGGGAUUAUGUUGUUCUGUACUUUCACACACUCACAGGAAAACACAAUCGCCCUGCUCUUCAUUGGAUCCGAACUGUUUACAACAUCCUCCCCUACAAGUACAAGAAGAAUUUGAAAGGCUUCCACAUUGUUCAUCCAAGUUUUUGGACAAAAGUGAUGACAUGGUGGUUCCUCACAUGGAUGGCACCUGGGAUCAAAGGGAAGGUACACAAUGUCUCUGGGGUGGAGUACCUCUACUCCAUCAUGGACCCUGAUCAGCUUGACAUCCCUGCUUUUAUCACUGAAUACGAUAUGACCGUCAAUGGAUUCCGAUACUACCAACCCUGCUGAUCUGCAUUCCACAUAUUUGUGCCAAUUCAGAUUUCUUUCUCACAGUUUUUCUUUCUAUGUGCCAAUGUAAUCUAUUGCAACUAGUCCAAAGAUCUGCUUCAAGUCAUGUGCCUGCGCAAAAAAUAUGCAUGUUAUAUAGUUAUAGAUAACAGUGAUAUGAAAGCACUUUAUGGCCUUUUUGUUAUGAUUGUUCCGAAUCUUUAAAAUCCAUGUUUUCUUGAGGGAUUUCCAUUAUUGCCAAAGCUCACAGUGAUGCUUCCCGAGCAGGGAGUGUGGGAACUGGACUUUAUGUCAGAUUUGAAUAAAGGAAAGCCUG